CUUGUCAAACACAAACAUUUCUUUCAUUACUUGUAGAUUAUAUAACUCCAUAUUUGGUUAUGUAUUAGCCAAAUUGCUUUUAGCACUUGGCAGCAGAGAAAUACAACUCUAUGCAAAAGCAAUAUUUUGAACUCUCACAAAAUUGAUAUGAUGAUUUUGAUUUUUAUUUGGAUAACAGUUUUUCUAGUUUCUCUUACUUGUCUAUGGCUAAGGGGAAGCAAUAACAAAGCAAGGAAAUUACCACCUGGUCCAAAAGGGUUACCAAUUUUGGGUAGCCUUCUUAAGUUAGGGGCAAAUCCUCAUAUUGAUUUGCACAAACUAUCUAAAAAAUAUGGACCAAUCAUGCACUUGCGCUUAGGUUUAGUACCAACCAUAGUUGUUUCUUCACCUCAAGCAGCUGAACUUUUCCUCAAAACACAUGAUCUUGUCUUUGCAAGUAGACCACCAACUGAGGCAGCAAAACACAUAUCUUGGGAGCAGAGGAACAUGAGUUUUGGUGAAUAUGGUUCUUAUUGGCGCAACAUGCGAAAAAUGUGCACAUUAGAAUUGUUGAGCCAUACAAAAAUCAACUCUUUUAGAAGCAUGAGGGAAGAAGAACUUGACAUAUUGAUAAAUUUUAUAAGAGAGGUAGCUAAUGAUGGAACUACAACAGUUGAUAUAAGUGCUAAGGUUUCUACACUUAGUGCUGAUAUGAGUUGUAGAAUGGUUUUUGGGAAGAAGUAUAUGGAUAAGGACUUGGAUGAGAAAGGGUUCAAGAGUGUGAUACAAGAGGGGAUGCAUUUAGCUGCAACUCCUAACAUUGGUGAUUACAUUCCUUAUAUUGCACCACUUGAUCUACAAGGACUAACUAGGCGCAUGAAGACAAUUGGCAAAAUUUUUGAUGACUUUUUUGAGAAAAUUAUUGAUGAGCAUAUACAAUCUGAUAACAAAGAUGACAAGACCAAAGAUUUUGUAGAUGUCAUGUUGGGAUUUGUUGGUACUCAAGAAUCUGAAUACCGAAUUGAACGACCCAAUAUCAAAGCCAUAAUGCUGGAUAUGCUAGCGGGUUCAAUGGACACUUCUGCAACAUCAGUGGAGUGGGCAAUUUCAGAGCUACUAAGAAAUCCAAGAGUAAUGAAAAAAGUGCAGAAGGAGUUGGAAAUAGUGGUUGGUUUAAAGAGAAAAGUGGUGGAAUCAGAUUUGGACAAGUUGGAGUAUUUGGACAUGGUUAUAAAGGAAAACUUUAGACUCCAUCCUGUGGCACCACUACUAAUUCCACACCAAUCCUUGGAAGACUGCAUGGUUGAAGAUUUUUUCAUACCUAAAAAAUCAAGGGUCAUUGUGAAUGCAUGGUCAGUUAUGCGAGACCCAAAUGCUUGGACUGACCCAGAGAAAUUUUGGCCUGAGAGAUUUGAAGGAAGCAACAUAGAUGUUAAAGGGCGUGAUUUUCAGUUCAUUCCAUUUGGUUCUGGCAGAAGGGGUUGUCCUGGAAUACAAUUGGGUUUAACUGUGGUGCGUUUAGUGGUGGCCCAACUUGUGCAUUGCUUUGAUUGGAGAUUGUGUAAUCAUAUGUUACCAAGUGAUUUGGACAUGGAAGAGGAGUUUGGCCUUACUAUGCCUAGAGCCAAUCAUCUUAUUGCUAUCCCUACCUAUCGUCUUUAUAGUGAUGGUGAUUAGAUUCCAAGACAAAUGUAGUUGAUAUUGCAAGUUAUGUUGAUAACAUCGGUUUGAAUAAGACUUGCAGAAAAAUAACCUGUCCUUUUUCAUGGUUUGGAUCCUAUAAAUGAUUUGGGUUUUUUUAACUAUAAUUUGUGUUUCUUUUUAGUUAAGAAAUUAUUAUCUUUUGAUUGUUGCAA